CCUUCUAUUGAUGCUGCUUGAUUCUGUACUGCUCUAACUCACCUCCGCGAUCUGACGCACGAUGCGAUACACCACACCGAUUCUACAACAUGCCGAUUCUCGAAUCCGACGUCCUGAGGCCCAUGGAGCCCUCGCUCAACGAGCUCCACUGGGCUGAAUUUGUUCUGAGUAAUGCGUCGGUCGUAUACGAGAGCAAUGGGAAGCCUGCCAGCCUUCUGUUGGCGUACCCAGACACCCUGCUGAAGGUACAAGGCCGUCUGGAGACACCAGCUCAGAAGCAUUCAUACCACCUGCUUAAGAAACCCUACAAACCUACCGAAAUCGUAGUACGCAACGUCACACGCUAUUGCUACGGCCAGAUGACCGACGGCAGCUGCGGCUUCUGGGCGCUGGGCGAAGCAGGAUGGUUCGAGAUCCGGCCUGCAGCGCACUUCAAGGCUAUAUUCGACGACAUGGUGCAAGCUGUGGAACUGCUCUACUUCGUGACCGACAUCUACAACGAGCCGAGGAAGAGGGGUGGCGGACCGAGUGCCGCGUUGAUCUACCAGGAAUACGCUGAGGAUCCCAGGUUCCCCUGUAAUGAUAUCGUAGAGGCAGAGGGGAUAUUUCGCAAGCAUCGCGAGUUCCUUUUGUUGUGCUUCGUGACGCGGGCACAUGACAUCGGAUGGAGCAACACUCCGCUCUAUCAGACCUUCAGACGAACAUAUCCUAAAGAGUUUGAACGAUGCAAGGCCCGGAGCGCAGGCCGCCCUACAGAUGUCAAGACAUCUCGCACGAGAACGUCGCCAGCGCCAGUCCCAUCCGCGAAGGCGCAAACGAGCAGAGGCUCGGCGGUCGUGGCUAAGGCAGACGAACCGCCAAAGAAAGACGACAACUGGUGGGAAGCAGCGACGCUGUUCGCAUUCAUGCAGAGAGCUGUCAACCAGCGCGUGAUACGAGCGGGGCGGAACAGUAUCACAGUGGAUCGAGUAGCCCAGCUGAUCAUCAGACGUUUCGAGAUUGAGGAUGUACAGGUCGCGCGGAACAUACUUCUAGUGCACGCGCAGAGCCUCUGCUACAUGAUGGACCACCCCCGGCGGCGAAACAUUCGCUUUUUCGCAGCAGAGCCAAUCUACGGCGAGUUGAGAGCUGGACACAGCCUGCCGGCAGCCGAGCAGAGAAGAGCGGAGGGCAUGGAACUGCGACCGCGAAAGCACCAAGGGCGGUUACAAGGCGAAGAAAGCGAGUCAUCAGACACAGACGACGAGGAAGAUGAGGAAGAUGAGGAAGAUGACAUAACAACACCACAACACCGAGCACCCAGAAGGAGCCAAAAGGGCACACUAUCCGUGCUACGCCCCAAGAGCGGGAAAUCCUCCACAGGCAAAAGCGUGCAGCGCGCCGGCAAAGGAAAGACCAAACCGCCCAUCCCCGUGUCAGACUCCGACUCGGCCGACGACAUGCCCCUCGACACACCCACCCACGCCCUCUCCCCCGCGCCCAAACGCAAACUCUCCACCUCCUCCCCGCCCCACGCCGAAAAACGCAAACGCACACACAGCGCCUCCCCCCCGCCCUCGUCCCCCCCGCGCACCGCCUCCGCCUCCCCCGCCCCAUCCGCCGCCGCAGUCCCCCUGCGCGCCCGCCCCCCCACAGCGCCCUCCACACUCCCCCUCCUCCCCGCGCUCGCGUCCACCCCGCUCCCCACAUACACGCCCAACGGCCCGCGCGACUCGUGGCUGUGCGGCUUCGACGGGUGCGCGCAGCGCAUCUACGGGUGCAGUAAAGAAGGGGGCCGGGCGCUGAUCACGGAGCACCUUGAGGAUCAUAGCAAGGGGAGGGAGAAGGCGGUGGGGAUUCUGUGGCGCGAGCAGGAGGCGUCGCGGUUGCCUGUUGAUAAUCUGAUCAAGCGGAUUCGCGAGAUGGGCGAGGCGGGGACGCCGCUGUUCCCCGCGGAGGCCAGGGCGCAGGCGCGGCCGAUUGAGCGGGCGGCGUAGGAGUGCGUCGGGGAGGUGAAACGUGAAACGAAUACAAGGACGAGCAUGUCAGGCUAUAAUUUCACGACUUGGAGUAGCAAACCACCGCCUCACGGCCCACGACACCUCCGCUCUGCAGUCCACAGUGCUCCCAGCUAGCCCCCAGCGCGUCCCCGCUUCCCUCCGCCCCUGCGAUCCCCCUCGACACCCCGCUUCAGACCCGCCCGCCGCACCCAGCUCUCGCGCUGCAGGCCACACGUGCUCCACCACUCGCCGCGCACGCCGUCGUCGUCGUCGUCGUCGUCGUCGUCG